UUUCUCAAUAGUUUUCUAAUUCACGUAAAAAUCCGGUUUGUUGACUAGUGUAUUCCUCAAACCUUGCUGCACAUAUCAACAUCUACGAUAUGCACAACGACAGAGAAUACAGAGACCACCCAUUCUCAACUGCGGGGAUGCGGUGGUCGUCCUCACCUAAACAACGGAGUUUAGGUACGGAUGGCCCGCCACCACCACCGCCUUUGCCCAUGGUUCUAGGUCGCAGUGAAGGGCCGAGGAGUGCGCACCCAAUGAGCACUUCGUCCGGUAACUACACACAGUCGCGCAAUGAAGGUAUCAAUGAGGGCCGGCCGCAGCCGAAAACUGCCUUUCGAGUCGCGGAUAUUGUGGGAGGCGUGGAAAGCAAAGAAAGAGUCACAAACAACAGUACGAGUAACAUGUAUGAACCACCGCAGCGGGGCUACAGCUACGCACCGCCGACUCAGGAACGCGAUUGGCAACCCGAGCGAGUUUACGUCAAUCGCAACGUGAACAGCAGCCUGCCAAUGGAUGGUCAUAAUAGUAGUAAUGUUCCCUACGGCCGACACAGUCCGCUUCAACGCGACUACAAUGGUGAGGCCAUGGGACAAUCCAGUAGCCGAGUUGGAGGCGAUAGAUACAAUGGGGAUCGCGGAGUCCAAUCCAGCGAUGGACGCGUAAAUCAACCGCCACCAAGGGACCGGUUUGUACAACCACCGCCACACCCGACCCGCGCGCGAUACAGUUCAAAUGAAGCUGUCUACAGUGGUCGCGACAAUACCGGUAUGCGAGGGACUUCGUAUGAAACUUCGAGUGUAGUUAGAGACAGAUACCCCGCCUCUGGCGGUGUUUCUAUGCCCAGAGGACGGGCGGAUUUUCCGGAGAUGGGUCAGACUCAUAGCCGACAAGUGGACUCCCGAGUGUCCCAGUUCCCAAUGCCUGGACCUGCACGUGACAGGCAAACCGAACGGUACGAACAAGCGCCACGCCAGAGUUUUGUAUCCGGCAGGGACGUACCGGGUGUACCUCGUGAUCGCAUGGAGGAAUCAGUGGCUGGUGGACGCGAUGAUAAACCUGAUAUGGGAUCUGGGAGUACGAAUAAGUAUAUGGGUAGCUCAUCGGCUGGCCAGGACUUACAAGGCCAUGGUGGGAAGUAUGCGUAUAGUUCUGGGCACCAACGCAGGGGCUCUGAACCAAACGUAGGCGUUUAUCAGUCGGGAAUGAACGGUCACAGUGGAAUGUCACGGUCGUAUAAUACGGAGGCACCACCUCUCCCUACUCCGAAAUACCGAGGAUCUAACAUCAUGUCACCGCAAGUGGUUUAUUACAGUGGUGAUACCAAUAGCAGUGGUACCAACAACAGCCAUAACAACAACAACAUCGGCGAUACACGCACCAACAACAACAAAAACAGAGCAGGCGGCCUCUCCAACGAGCGUCUGAAUAGAUUGGAUUCAAGAUCAGAUUCACACACCAACUUAAAUACCUCGUCACGGUAUGAACCGUACUCCAGCCCACGCAUCAGUUCAGCAAAAAGCACGCAGGCACCUCUGCGAUCAUCGUACGCAGCGCCAAGUCAGACACAAAAACAUGCUUCCCCUGUACUGCACAGUUCGUACCCUUCUCAGACCUCUACAUCAAAUCUACCGAAGCCCUCACCGCAGAACUCACACCAAAAUACCAACGGGGAAUUCAAAUGGAUGAAUAAUGGACUUCCGGCAGACGGAUUCUCGCACCCACCCAACCACAGGCUGCCGAGCUCCUGGCACAACGGCGGCAGCAAGAGUACUAAUAAUAACAAUAAUAAUGAUAGCAACAAUAAUGUGAGCGCCAGCAACUCUUUACAACGAAACCGGUAUAAUAAACCACCCGCUUUGUUGCCUCAGGGGAAGCGACGUCCGCAAUCGCCGAGCCCGAUGCAAAUGAACCACGGGACUGAAACAGUCUCACCGCCUCAUUGGGCCAAGUUUGACUCAAGCUCUUCACUACACGAUCCCAUGCGUAGUAGACGAGACCCACCCUCGCCGUUUCUUCCUAUUGGACCGCAACAUACGCGUGCGCUAACCCCACCAACGCAGCGUAAAGACCUUCCCACCAGCUUUAGUAAACCCAAGCGGGACGUUUCGCCUAUGCAGGUCUAUCAACGCCAGACCUCGAGCCAGUCACUCAUGGCACACCACGCUCAACCGCCGAUCUUGCCUAAUGAAUUCCACACCACGAACACCAACAGCAAUCGAGCGAUCAAAAAUAGCAAUCGAGCGAACAACAAGAGCAAUCGAUCGAACAACGACAACCAUGAUGAUCAUUUGCAACCGAUGCAAGAAGACGUGUCUCAUGAUGUAUACCCACUACAUAGCACACAUCAGAUGCACCACUCGCAACAACGACCGCAACAACAGAAAGCCGCUCAGCCACCCUUGCUACCACUAGGCAAACGCGAGUCGCUAUCUGCAGGUAAGCCCUACCAGGCUAAAUCUGCGGUUAAAUCUGAACCAAAAUCUGGAAUGCCGUCCAGCGGAAUUCGAGUGAACUUCGAAAGUAAGCCACAAAUCAAAGUGGAACAUUCGGAUAAUGUGCGUGCUAGUUUCAACAAUGGCGACACACAAUUUGUGAUACCCACACCUGUGAGCCUACCUACGUCCGCCCCUGGAAGUGAGAAGCCGUUUGCGCCAAGUAGGCCCAGCAUUUCACAGUACGUUCUUUGA